AUGAAAUCUUCUCCUAGGAUGGGGCGUUCAACCCAUCUUGUUUAUGCCUUUGGUUUUGUUAUCAUGGCAACAAUGGUUGCUGCUUCUUAUGAACCCUACACAUAUAGCUCUCCACCACCACCGGUGUAUUCUCCUGCACCAAAUGUUGAAUACAAGUCUCCACCACCUCCAUAUAUAUACAGCUCUCCACCACCACCGGUGUAUUCUCCAACCCCAAAGGUUGAAUACAACUCUCCACCUCCUCCAUAUGUUUACAGCUCUCCACCACCACUGGUGUAUUCUCCAGCCCCAAAAGUUGAAUACAAGUCUCCACCUCCUCCAUACGUCUAUAGUUCUCCACCACCACCCAUGUAUUCUCCAGCCCCAAAGGUUGAAUACAAGUCUCCACCACCUCCAUACGUCUACAGCUCUCCACCACCACCAGUGUAUUCUCCAGCCCCAACAGUUGAAUAUAAGUCUCCACCACCUCCAUACGUCUACAACUCUCCUCCACCACCGGUGUAUUCUCCAGCCCCAAAGGUUGAAUACAAAUCUCCACCUCCACCAUACGUAUACAGCUCUCCACCACCACCAGCAUAUUCUCCAUCCCCAAGGGUUGAAUACAAGUCUCCACCACCUCCUUACGUAUACAGUUCCCCACCACCUCUAGUGUAUUCUCCUGCACCAAAGGUUGAAUACAAAUCUCCACCACCUCCAUACGUCUACAGCUCUCCACCACCACCUCCAUACUACUCUCCUUCACCUAAAGUUGAAUACAAAUCUCCAUCACCUCCAUACGUCUACAGCUCCCCACCACCUCCAUACUACUCUCCUUCUCCCAAGGUUGAGUACAAAUCUCCACAACCUCCAUACGUCUACAGCUCUCAACCACCACCAUACUACUCGCCUUCCCCUAAACCCGCAUACAAAUCUCCACCACCUCCAUACCUCUCCACCACUACCAUACUACUCUCCUACACCUAA